AUGGAUGGGAACUCUGCAUGCUGUAGUUCACAUUGGUUCUGUUUAUGUGUGUGUUACAGGGGAAUGAUGCUAAGUGUGUCCGUUUAUCUGUUCUGGUCCUUCAUUGCAGCUCCUUCAGUUUCUUCAGAAGGGGUAGGCCCUGCUCCUCAGUGCCAACCUGGGUGGCUUCCCUUCGGACAGAGAUGUUUUGCUUUCUUCCCGGUGUGGAGUUCUUGGAGGACUGCCACUACUUUGUGCUCCCAGAGUGGUGGGGACCUCAUGUUGCUUCACACACCAGAAGAAAAGCAAAUUGUCCUUCAACUGACAAAAACCAGCAUACCUGUGUGGCUGAAAGGAAACCAGAAUGGCUCUUGGUUUUGGAGCGACGACUCUGUCUUUAACAAUUGGACUAACGAGAUGGAUGAAAAGACCAAAAAGUUUGGGGCCUGCAUGCAAAUGAUUCCAAAAACUGGACAGCUGCAGAGCGCCCCCUGUGGAGACCUUGGGUUCUACAUCUGCACCAGUUCACUGAGUCUUAGCUCCACUGACCUCAACAGCCACAAGCGCCUUCAACAAGGAAUUGUCCCUGGAUUGCUUUUGUUUGACGACGUAUGGGAUUCCAGUUCUGUUCAAGCCGAGGAGAUUUUUUACUUUUCCUCGCUGCUCAAAGGGCUGAGGUCUGGAAAUUUGACGGAGCGCUGCUAUUCCACAUUCAUGCAACAGGAGGAGCUCUACCUGCUCAGAGUUAAAAGCACUCUUAAGGUCCUGAUUAACGGUUUGCAUGAAGACAACAAAAUAAGAUCACUGCUGCUGGACACACUCAGACAAUACAGGAGGAGACACCAGAGCCUCCUUCCUUCUUCUCCUACCCCACAGUUGAUCCAAUGGUCCCUGCAGUCUUUCCACCGGGUGGUUCUAGAGGACCCAGUGUACUGGCUCGUGGCUUUGUCGGCCCGGGCCUGCCUACAGAACUUUGUGGAUCAGAAGCUGCACCAGGAGCUUGGACCGCAGAUUCUAAAGGUUGUGAGGAAAAACAGUUUCUACCAGGCGUGGAGGAGAGAGAACGUGAGGUUUCUCUGGGUAAAGAGGUACAAAAAGGUGCUAAAGAAGUAUCAGGAUCAAAUGGAUCCCUUUAAAGCGAUCAACAUUUUCAGAGAGCACAUGAUGAAUCAGAGGAGCCUCCAUACAGCUGUGGUCUGUGAGGAUGAAGAGGAUGAAAAAAUCCACAACAGGGUUGAUGUUUUAUAGAUGUUUUGAAUUUUCAUUGUUUUCCUCAGAGUUCAACUCAAAUAUUUUAUUAUUCAUUUUAAUAUUUUCCUAACAGAAUUCUGUACAAGAUUGAAUAUUUUGGGACUAGUAUUAAGGAAUAUCUCUUUUUAAGGGUUUUCUUAGAUUUUUUUUAAUCUAAAGAAAGUAUUUUUCAAAGAUGUUCUCAUCUGAUCAUCGAUUUAUAAAAUGGGUGCUACAUUUAUAAAGUCUAUAUCAAAACUAAAAAUAAAUGGGUUACAAUUCUUGGGUGUUUGUGUUUUGAUCAUUUCCUUGUUGUUCACCUAUGUUCUAUAGGUCUUGCCAUUUUCACUUAAUUUCUCUGUGUUCAUUAUUGUUACUAAGGUGUUUCCAUGUUAGUUAAUUCCUGUGUGUUCAGUGUCUUAGCUUUUUCGUGUGCUUUGUCCUUUGUGCAUUUGGAUUUAUUUCUCUCAGUUCAGUGAUAGUCUUUACUCCUUGGUUAGUAGUUUGUGUCUAGUUGAGCUCCCUCUGUGUUAAUUAGUCUCCCUCCCUCCAGCUUCCCUGCUUUCAUUCUGUCGCAGCUGUUCUACAUUUCCACUGAUUCACUCAUCUGGUUCCUUUGCCAUUUUCCACCCCUCCCUCAGUAUUUAUGCUCCUGGAUUUUUAUUGUUCCUUGUUGGAUUCUUCCAUUACGCUGCCUGUGCUCCAUGAUCUACUCAUCCUGUAAUGUCCGCCCUGUAAGUUCUCCUUUUCAUUCAUCAUCAACGAACUUUGUUUUGCUACUGUGAGUCAGUUUCUGCACUUGGGUCCUUUACAAACCUCAUCACGAGAAAGUGGCUAUUUUUGGGUUUGAAACCAUAAUAUUAGAUCAUUUUAGAAUAAAAAUGAGAUUGCUGAAACAUAUCAAGAAGAGUUACUUUUGCACAUCAAAUCCUGCUAAAGACAUUAAAUACUGCAGUUAUCUUCUAGCUUGGCAGGAAGUUACCAUCAUGAUACAAUUUUCCUCCAGUUUACUACAACAGUCUCCUUUUUACUCAAGAAAUUAUGUGUGUUUAAUGUGUUACAAACCUUUGAGUGUGAAGUACUUGUUGUCUUGUUUUUUAAAAUUAUUAUUUUAAUCAUGUUUCUGUGAAAACUGUGCUCAGAAUUCUCUCUAACAUAUGAAAAUCACAGCUGGUUAAAAUUAUAGCAAUAAAGUCUUCAUCCCUCUUCUCCUCUCA